GGGCGGGAAGGAGAAAUGGGAGUGCGGGGAGAAGGCUGCUGCCGCCCUGAUUGGGGAACAACCCCUCCCCCACCGAGCCUGUACAUGGAGUGGCCUAGACAGGAGGACUCCAUUUCCCAGAAUGCCUGUGCAGGUCUUGGGGCUCCCCCCCCCCACCAUGGCUGACUCCAUUUCGCAGAGAGUCGGUUCCCUGACUUCACCCUAUUCUCGGCUCCUCCCCAUCGUGACCACGUCUGGGCAUGCUGGGAACUCAUGUGCCCAGUCUCAUAUCCUGGAAGACUUGCUGCUGUGCUUCUAGGAUCUUUGCUGGGUGUCCAAAGAGGAAGUCUCCCCACCUUGGGGCUCCCACUCCCUGAAGGACUAGAGUCUACCCCAAGCAGAGACCCCAGAGCCAGAGGGAAUAACUCCCAGGACCCUGAAGCCACCAUCCCAGAGGCAGAGACUAAUUUUGAAAUGAAGGAGAUGUCUACAAAGCUGAGGCUUCUUGUGGAAGGAUCUGGCGUCCAAAGGUGCAUGAAUGAGGUUCCCCAUGACGGCAUUUUGAGCGAAAUCUGUGACUCUGAUAUGCAGGGCUCAUUAACAUUCAAGGAUGUGGCUGUGGACUUCACCCAGGAAGAGUGGUGCCUUUUGGACCAUUCUCAGAAGGAAUUGUAUCUAGAGGUUAUGCUGGAGAAUGUGCAAAAUCUACUCUGUGUGGGUCUUCCAGUGCCUAGAGAAUAUUUUACCUCUUGUUUUCAGCAAGGGAAAGCACCAUGGCUGCUAGAGCAAAAAAGCCUAAGGAGCUCCUGUCCAGAGGCAGAGACUAAUUUUGAAGUGACAGAGAUGUCUACAAAGCUGAGACUUUUUGUGGAAGGAUCUGACCCCAAAAGAUGCAUGAAUGAGGGUUCCCAUGACUUCAUAUUGAGAAAAAUCUGUGACUCUGAUAUCAAGAUCAAUAAAAAUGUAAAGAGUGAAUAUGAAUUUGAUGACCCUUCAGAGAAAUUCAGCCAAUAUUCAGUCCUACAUCAGCGUGUGAAAUUGAGCUCUGGAAAUGUUUGUUGUCUGGAUAGUCAAUACAGCAAAUGCUUUCCUGAAGAAGUAGGACUUUUUCAGUGGAAUGAGAAAGCUUCUGUAAAGCCCAUGUAUCAAGGUAACCUAGGAGGAAUAGCCUUUGGCUGCAGUUUAGACUUCAUUAGACAUCCAAACAUUAAAUGGGUAGAGAUGGUUUCUGUGAAGGAUGAAGGAGGGAAACCUUUCAGUCAAAACUCUGAUCUUGCCGCAGAUCAAAUAAGCCAUUCGGGAGAGAAACCUUCUGAAUGUAAACAAUGUGGAAAGACUUUCAAACGAAGGGACUCUCUUGCAGUACAUCAUAGAAUCCACGCUGGAGAGAAACCUUAUGAAUGUAAACAGUGUGGAAAGACUUUUCCACGUAGCAGCUCUCUUGCUACACAUCAGCUUAUCCACAGUGGAGAAAAACCUUAUGAAUGUAAACACUGUGGAAAGGCUUUCACACAGAGAAGUCAUCUUGCUGCACAUCAGAGCAUCCACACUGGAGAGAAACCUUAUGAAUGUAAACAGUGCGGAAAGACUUUCAAACGAAGGGAGUCUCUUGCUAAACAUCAUAGAAUCCACUCUGGAGAGAAACCUUAUGAAUGUAAACAGUGUGGAAAGACUUUUCCACAUAGCAGCUCUCUUGCUAUACAUCAGCUAAUCCACAGUGGAGAAAAACCUUAUGAAUGUAAACACUGUGGAAAGGGUUUCACACAGAGUAGUCAUCUUGCUGCACAUCAGACCAUCCACACUGGAGAGAAACCUUAUGAAUGUAAACAGUGUGGAAAGGCUUUCACGCAGAGGGGCAAUCUUGCUAAACAUCAGAGAAUCCACACUGGAGAGAAACCUUAUGAAUGUAAACAGUGUGGAAAGGCUUUCACAGAGAAACAAUCUCUUGCUAAACAUCAGAGAAUGCACUCUGGAAGGAAACCUUAUGAAUGUAAACACUGUGGAAAGGCUUUUACAUGUAGCAGCUCUCUUGUUAUUCAUCAGCUAAUCCACAUCGGAGAGAACCCGUAUAAAUGUAAACAGUGUGGAAAGGCUUUUACACAUAGCAGCUCUCUUGCUUCACAUCAGCUAAUCCACAGUGGAGAGAAACCUUAUGAAUGUAAACAGUGCGGAAAGACUUUCAAACGAAAGGACACUCUUGCAGUACAUCAUAGAAUCCACUCUGGAGAGAAACCUUAUGAAUGUAAACAGUGUGGAAAGGCUUUUACACGUAGCAGCUCCCUUGCUACACAUCAGCUAAUUCACAGUGGAGAGAAACCUUAUGAAUGUAAGCAGUGUGGAAAGGAUUUUAAACAUAGCCGCUCUCUUGCUGCACAUCAGCUAAUCCAUACUGGAGAAAAACCUUAUGAAUGUAAACAUUGUGGAAAGGCUUUCACAGAGAGAGGAUUUCUCAAUAGACAUGAGAAAAUCCACACUGGAGAGAAACCUUAUGAAUGUAAGCAGUGUGGGAAAGCUUUCACAGAGAGAGGAUAUCUUGUUAAACAUCAGAGAAUCCACACUGGAGAGAAACCUUAUGAAUGUAAACAGUGUGGAAAGGCUUUCACAGAGAGAGGAUCUCUUGCUAACCAUCAGAGAAUCCACACUGGAGAGAAACCUUAUGAAUGUAAGCAGUGUGGAAAGGCUUUCACAGAGAGAAGAUCUCUUGCUUCACAUCAGAGAAUCCACACUGGGGAGAAACCUUUUGAAUGUAAACACUGUGGAAAGGCUUUCACACACAGGAGGUCUCUUGCAAUCCAUCAACUAAUCCACACUGGAGAGAAGAAGCCUUAUUGUAUUGGAUAAAAUCAUUCAAUAUUAUAUGUCAUAUACUGAUCAGUAUUAGUAAUGUUAGAUUGGAAACUUCCUAUAAGAAUUAGUGAAAGUUUGGUAUCCUUCUCAAGGAAGAUAAAAAUCUCUCCUUAUGAAGAGUAGAGAAAUUUCCCUCCCCUUUUUAUAGAUACAAAAAUAUCAACCUUUUAUAUACUUUUUUCUAAUAUGGCCAAAAUUUCCCUUAAAAUUUUUUUUUAAUUAAUGAAUUAAGAUAUUACAUUGCCAUUCACAUGGGAAAAGUCUUGAACCAUGCAACUACAAUCUUAACUCUUUGUCCUAACUGUUUCAGUUUGAAAGGCCUUGGCCAUGUCUAAAUUCUGGCUUAACUUAAAAAUUGAAAACUUAAGAAAUGCUCCCAUGAGAUCAAUACACUUGGAAAGUUAAGGAGGAUCGGAAAAGACAAAGAAAAUAAAGCAUACACAGACAUUGCAUUUUACACAGGUAGUGGGUGACUGGAAGUGGUAUAUUGUGUUAAUUUCUGAUAUAUUUUGAGUUCAUUUGUAUAUCCAUGGACAUUUCUGUUGUGUCAACCACUCAGAACAAUGCCCCUGUUCUCUCCCUUUCCCUAAUAAAAGUGGCAUAUUUUGCUGUAAGCAUCUCAUCCAGUUUCCUAUCUACUAUCUAUCAUUUGAACUAGGAUGCAGACCCAUAUUUUACUCCAAACAUUAUAAAUUUGUGGAAAGGUUUUCCCAAAGAUGGGCCAUCUUGCUGGACAUACUCUUUUUGCCAAGAGUGGAUUGGGGUUCCUGAAUGUUAAUUGCUUUUUAAGCUUUUGUUUUGCCGGACUUUGCCUUUGUAGUAUCUUCAUUUCCUAGCCAGGAGCUUGAGUGAGGGCAGGUAAUGUGAUGUUUUUUGAUUAGAGAAAUUUAAAGCAUUUUGCACUGAUGCUACCUUUCCUGCCCUUGCUGCCUUGGCUGUAUCCAGCCUUAUUUCUUCCCAGGCUCCACACUCUUCAGCUUUGAGUCUCAAGUCUUGCUGCUAAAGCCUUACAUUGCCCUCAGGGAUAAGUCUGUGGUGACUUCAGCCAGCACCUGAGAAUCCAGAGAUUUCCUCGGUCCUCUCUCUGACUCUGGAAUGGCAGGUGGUGUAGGAGAGAUGUAAUCAGCUGGUACUCUGAUAAGUGCAGUUUUGCCCUCUUAUACUGUUAGAAUCCCCAGACCCUACCUACCUUCAAGGAUGCAUCCCAUGAGAGAGCCCCUUUGCUCUUCUGGUUUUGAUUUCUGUCCUUUUGAGAGGCUUUGUUAUGAUUUGUUGGAAGGAGGUUCAGGAGGCUCCUGCUGCUACUGUGCCAUCUUAGCUCCACCCCUCAAUGCCUCCAUCUCCUGUUAAUCUUGUGGGUAAAGAUUUUUUUAUGUAAAUUGAGAAUUGUUAUGCCACACAUUAUGAUUAUCAUUAUUGUUAAUUUGCUUGAUGAAAAUUUGUUGAUGUAAUAAGUGAAUGUAAUGGUGACAAUUUGUCUCUUGUAGUAUUAGUCCAGGAUAAAAGUCUCAGUCCUAGAAUUUUUACCAAAAGAAGUUUGAGUGAACUCUUUUUUCACCAAAAGAGGAAAAUUACUAUCUUUGCUUCAGUAGUUUGACUUGCCCUAAUGAUAAGUCCAGCUAUUUCACUACUGUGAUAGCGAUUCUUCAUAGUGCCACUCAUUUCUCAGUGUUUAUUUGUCUGCUGUCUUCUAUUCCUGAAGUGCUGCAAAAUCUGAAGCCCAAUAUUUGUUGCAUUUACCUGAUUAGAUACCAAUGACAUGUGGAUCAGGCUGUCACAGACUAUCAUAAUCUCUCCACAAAAUUUCAGAUAAUAUAGAAGGAUUUACAAACUCCAGUGCAAAGCUGACUCGUUCCUGGCUUCCCCUAGCCAUGAAAUGGCUCCGUUUGAUUCAGGAAGGGAAACAAGACAUCCCAGGCACCAGGAAAAAGGACUUUUCCCAAGGAGGACCUGUCAGCAUCCAGGACCAAGAGACGGGUAUAUUCCAUAUCCGGUCCGCUGGCUAUUAGCACUAGAGUUCACCUUCUGGGGAGACAGUGAAGCCACUUUGCUGUGCUCACUGCAGCUUCUCUUUGUGAAAGCACUCACAACCACUCCUGGCCCAAGGAUUGCAUUUCCCCAUGCUUAGUGACUUGUGCUGCUACACCACUAAAUGCGGGCUUCCUUAGACCAGAGACUUGCUAGAAAAAUGGAAAAUAUAAAACAUCACUGUCAUUUCAAAUCUCCACCUGACCUUCAUCUAUUUGGUGGAACCCUUAUAUGAUUGUAAAACCAUUUAAAAAAACAAAACUAUACAAAUUUCACUGUUCCCCCCUGGCAAUCCUGGGUCAGAGGAGGUGAAGGGGGUUACCAGAACUACCAUGGUUUGGGGCUACAGGAACUGCAGUGUUUUUUGAGGUCAUCCUCUCUCCUGCUUGAUCUAAGUGGCCAGACAGCAAAAUUUAUUGCCAUUCCAAGAACAGAACUGGUUCAGCUCCAAAGAUAGCAGCAGUUUAAGAAGGCCCAGCCUAUAAAUGCUGCCCAGGACACUGAAGCUGGAGGUGACAAUGGCGUAUGGCCAAUCAUCAUCUUUAAAGACACCCAUGAAGUUAAAGAAGGCAAAGACACAAGGCUAAAAUGCAAUCCAGGUAUCACAGGGUUUAGCUGAGUACUGAAGGCAAGCCUUUUCUUUCUAAAAAUGUCAUCACCAAGCAUGCCUGGCAAUUCAUACCGGAGGUCAUUAUGGUGUGCAAAGCAAUCCCAGUCAUUAUAAAAUGGGCAUGAGUAGCUCACGGGAUCACUUCAGUACUUUCUAGUAGAACAUUAAAAUGUCUAGAAUGUAUUGCUUAUUAAUAUGAUUCAAAAGGGGUAUGUUCCUAAGAGGAGGGGGAAAAUAGUUUUGAAAAAGUUUUAUAGUUUUGAAAAGUAAAAUCAGAAAUAAAAAUUUUGAAAUAAAUUAGAAAUAAAA